GAUUUGUACCACAACACUUCUCUCUCUCUCUCUCUAGACUUAUUAAAGAUACGAACCUUUGUUUCCCAAUGACUAUCCAGCAAAGCUGAGUUAGGGAGAAGAGAGAGAGAGAGAGCCACCUCUCGUCGGAGAAGGUGGUGGUGCAGCGCCUCUCCGGUGAGCGGAGGGUGAAGUGCGCGCCGUUUUACAUAUAGAAAGAGAGCCAGUCUUUGCAAUAUUUUUAUUUUAUCUAUAUAUCAUGGGCCAGGGACUGAGUUGUGCAGCGAGUCAAGAUCAUAGGUUCUUCUCUGCUGUGCAUUUCGGUGACUUGGACACUGUAAAUGCUAUGCUUGAGAGAGACCCAUCUCUGCUUUAUCAAACUACUUAUGAUCGCCAGUAUCCGCUUCAUAUUGCUGCUGCCAAUGGCCAGAUCGAGAUUUUAUCAAUGCUUCUGGAGCGAUCUGUGGAUCCUGAUAUGGUGAAUCGUCAGAAGCAGACUCCGCUUAUGUUGGCUGCAAUGCAUGGCAAAAUCUCAUGUGUGAAGAAGCUCGUCGAAGCAGGAGCAAAUAUGUUGAAGUUUGAUUCACUUAAUGGAAGAACUUGCUUGCACUUUGCUGCUUACUAUGGCCAUUCUGAUUGCCUUCAAGCUAUUCUUUCUGCUGUUCAAUCCAGCCCUGUUGCUGUUUCUUGGGGAUAUACGCGGUUUGUCAAUAUCAGAGACGGUAGAGGAGCAACACCAUUGCAUUUAGCAGCCCGUCAAAGUCGGCCUGAAUGUGUACAUAUCUUGUUAGACAACGGUGCUCUUGUUUGUUCUUCAACAGGCGGAUAUGGCUCCCCGGGGACCACUCCUCUUCAUUUGGCUGCCAGAGGAGGAUCUCUUGAUUGUAUUCGUGAAUUGCUGGCAUGGGGUGCAGAUCGUAUGCAAAGAGAUGCAUCUGGGAGAAUACCUUAUGUAGUUGCUUUGAAGUACAGAAAUGGAACAUGUGCAGCUCUUCUCAAUCCUUCGUCAGCAGAGCCUCUUGUUUGGCCGUCACCGUUGAAGUUCAUCAGUGAGUUGAAUCAAGAGGCAAAAGCUCUGCUAGAGUGUGCCUUGAUGGAGGCCAACAGGGAAAGGGAAAAGAACAUCUUGAAGGGAACUGGGUACUCUCUUCCAUCUCCAUCACAUUCUGAUGAUGGGACAGAUGAUAAUAUAUCUGAGGCAAGCGAUACAGAGUUGUGCUGCAUAUGCUUUGAGCAGGUUUGUACAAUUGAAGUCGAAGACUGUGGCCAUCAGAUGUGUGCACAAUGCACACUGGCCCUCUGCUGCCAUAACAAACCCAACCCUACAACCGCAUGCCUUACCCCUCCAGUUUGCCCAUUCUGUCGUAGCACCAUUGCCCGCCUAGUGGUUGCUAAGAUGAAGGAUUGCAAUGAUGCUGAUCAGGACAUUGGGGACGUUGGUUCCCCAAAGCUGAGAAAGUCCAGGAGGUCACUGAACUUCAGUGAGGGAAGCAGCAGCUUCAAGGGCUUAUCAGCAACAUUUGGAAAAAUGGGUGGCCGUGGCUCAGGAAGGAUUGCUGCAGGAAAUGAGUGGGUGGAUAAGCCUUGAUGAUACUUGAUAGCGUUUGAUUAUCAAAUAUUCUCCAUUCGGCAAUCAAGGAUUCCUUGAGUUCCAAAGCGAGGGCAAAAAUAUCAAGGACACGUGUCGGUGCUGGACCCAAUUGGGUUUCUAUAUAUAGAUAGAUAGAUAGCUGGCUCAAGUAGCCAUGUAGAUGUGAAAAAUAAGAAAGCUUGGAUUGGUAGGUUUGGAAAUAUGGUUGCCGCUGCGGUUCAUCUUGUUGUUAUCUUUGGGGGCGUUUGGCGGCGAAAAAGCCGAUUGCCUAAGAUUUAAAUUUUUUUUGGGAAAA